CGUAUUUAUACAUGCAUAUAUAUUUUUAAUAAAAGCAAAAAAAAAAAAAAAAAAACUCCCGAGGUAAAAAAAAAAAGAUGAAGAAUAAAAAGCAUAACUAUUUUCUCUUUGAUUAAUCAGAUUAAUGCUGCCACCUCGCGGCUGUUUCCUAGUACUACAUGAGUUAAUCUGGUCUUCUACAUCCGGGUAAGCAGAUAAAAGAUGGCAGCCCACGGUGAGAAACCUGCCGGCAUGAGAAACAUGCUGCAAUUUAUGAGACUUAUCGGACAGCUAAAAAGGGUCCCACGGACUGGCUGGGUGUACAACAAUGUGAAGAAUCCUGAGAGUGUGUCAGACCACAUGUACAGGAUGACGAUGAUGUCUCUGACCAUCACUGACCCCACAGUAGAUAGAGACAGGUGCAUAAAACUUGCACUUGUCCAUGACAUGGCAGAGUGCAUUGUCGGAGAUAUUGCACCGUCAGACAACGUCAGUAAAGCAGAGAAACACAGGAGAGAGGAGGCAACAAUGAGGCAUCUGUCAAGUCUGCUGCCGGAUGGUCUCAAACAGGAGAUUUAUGCUCUUUGGGAGGAAUAUGAAUCCCAGAGCAGUCCAGAGGCCAGGCUAGUGAAACAGUUUGACCUCCUGGAGAUGAUCAUUCAGGCUCACGAGUACGAAGAGCUGGAGGGAACUCCAGGAAGGCUGCAGGAGUUCUUUGACUCCACCGCAGGUCGCUUCCACCACCCAGAUGUCCUCCAGCUGGUCAGCUCCCUAAACGAACAAAGAGGAAGGAGCGCCAAGGAGCCGAAGGAAUCACAGACCGACGGCCCUGACUGUCAACACUAACACACAAUGUCACAAAUGUCCUGACUGCAAAAAAAAAACAAAAAACAUUUCUGUUGAUGGAUGGAGAAAUCAGGACGGAGAGAAGCCUGCAUGUGCAUGAAGAGCCAAUCAGGAGGCAAAAAUCUGCUUCAUCUGUUCAGAUCAGCAGAUCAUAUUACAUUUUUUUCUUUUUUAAACAGAUGUGGAUUUACCACAAAUCAAAUUCACGAUUUCUGUUUCUACAAAUUUUUCUGCAAAAUGGUGCCACUAUAGAGACUGCUGCUGUUAAUAUGGUGAAAUAUGUGCAGUAAUUUACUGGACAGAAAGGAUUUUGUUCAACACAUUAUAGUAGCUGAUAAUAAGUCAGCAAAAUAUGAAAGUGGAUGUUUUUCCGCAUUAUCUGUAAUCAUUUUUCGUAGAAAAACAACAGGACUUUCCAAUUGAAAGUUUCCUACAU